AUGGAUAAGCUACUAUGUUGGAAUGUCCAAGGAGCCAACAAUCAACAAAAACAGGGGCUAAUUAAGCAAUUUAUUAGUCUCCAAAAAGUUGAUUUUGUUGGCCUCCUUGAGACAAGAGUCAAGGCUCCUAAGCUUGGGAACUGGUAUUCUAAUUUUUUUGUGGGAUGGCGUUUCUCUUCCAACAUUGCUUGGCAUGCUGGAGGGAAGAUUGUUAUAGCAUGGAAUCCUUUGAGGUUCAUAGUGGAUAUUAUUAGAUGCACAAGUCAACUUAUGCAUCUAAGAAUUGGUACUACUAAUGGUAUAUUUGACAGUUACUUGACUGUGAUAUAUGCAUCAAAUAGCCGAAAUGAGAGGAGAGAUCUUUGGAGAGAUGUUUGUGAGUUGGCUCCAAAUGGGAAGUGGUGUCUGAUGGGGGAUUUUAAUGAUAUCCUUUCGAAGGAAGAGAGAAUUGGGCAUCGGGUUAGAAGCUAUCCUGAUGAUGAUUUUCUUAAUUGUGUGAAUCAAUGUCACCUUGAGGAUGUGAAGUUUAGUGGGAAUUUCUUUACAUGGUCAAAUAAAAAACAUGGGGAUGAUCGAAUUUACUCUAAGAUUGACAGGAUAUUAGCUAACCAGGCAUGGCUGAAUGCUUAUGAGAAUGCUGAGGCUACAUUCCUUAAUGAGGGGUUAUUCGACCAUUCUCCUGGGAUCCUAACUUUGUAUCCUCAUUUGAAUGGUGGGAUCAAACCCUUUAAGUACUUUAGAAUGUGGAAAUCUCAUUCUAAGUAUGAAAGGAGUUUAGAAGAGAUUUGGAACCAACCUAUAGGGGGUUCAAAGAUGUUUCAGGUAGUCUCGAGAUUGAAAUUGUUCAAAGGGGUACUGAAGGACAUAAACAAGGAGAGAUACAUGGACUUGCAGGCUGCUACAGCUAAGGCUAAAAGCUAA